GCUUUUCCAGAAAUACUGAACUAGGGUGCAUUGCCAGCGAGUCGAAGAGGUGAAGGUGGUGCAUUUUGCUUCGCAUUACUCUCAAUAAUAUUCCUGAUUUAAGAUGAGUCUCCGGAAGUCUUCAAAUACGGUCAAGCCAAAGGCAGAGAGAUCCAAGUCACACAAUUGCAGAUUCUAAAGAACGAACGAAACGUGCUAAAUUGGCCUGCACCUGUUCGAUCACCUCACACCGAAUUUUAUCUUCUCGUCUUCUUGUUUGACCAUCGAACGCGUAGGAUCAUGAGCAACGGUUGACUGUAAAAAGCUCUUGGGGAUGAGCAGCUGCACUUCUCAUAAGAAUUCUUGAAACUUGUUUUGAGCUGAGUCUGAUCUGAUCCAAUCAUCGGCCAUCGUCAUCGUCGAGGGCGAGCCUGCUAUGGAAGCUCCCAAAGCCGAGACCGCAGAAUUAUUUCUCGGCCUGAGACCAAACUCGCGGAGACCAACUCCGGCACCCUGGACCACGAGGGAGAAACCCAAGAGACUCAGUGCUCCUGAUCACGUCUAUGGGAAGGCCACGCCCGCAGCAUCGAGCGUGGAGUCGAUCAAAUCAGACAUCAUGUCGAAAAUGGCGACGUUGGAAGCUUCUCUUGUGGCGCAGAUUCACGAGUCGAGGUCGAGGGAAGAGAAGCUUCGGAACAAGCUGGCGAAAUCGAGAGUGGCGAAGAAAGAUCUGCAGGCCAAGCUGAGCCGGUACGAUCAUGAUCGGGCAGAGGGGCAGACGAUUGUCGUCGAAAAGCCGCCCGAGCUGCCGAUGUCCAGCAGAGCGAGCUGGAGUCCCCCGAUGCUGUCGUGCUGCGGCGAUCUGAGACAGUUGGCCAGGAAUCAGGUCAUCCGGAUCGUGCAGGACUUAUCGCCCGAGUUCACGGUCGAUUUGGAAGUUCACAGCUACGGCGGCUACAUACCGUGGUCGAAGGUUUUGGAUUGGCUCGAGGACCACCCUGACAUUGUCAAAACUAUCGGACUGAACUUCCAUGCCCUGCGAACGAUAUGAUCAGAAUGCUCGUCUUUCCUUACUCUUGAUCAUUCGCAUUUGCAGGACCGUCACUGCACACUUUCGUUCAUUGCGAUGAGAAAUUCCUCCUUCAGGACACGACAGAAUUUUAUGCCUUUGGUAGACAAUUUCAGCCGCCAGCGAUGACAGAUUUCCGCUAAACUCAAAGCAUCGAUAGACUCCUGACGUCGUCCGCUGCGGACGCCUUUAGUUCACGAACGACUCGAGCCAGCAGCUUCAGGGGCGAGUGAAGCUCCCGUUGAUCUAGAAAUACGCUCAAAUCUUCGAUCCGUCUCACCGACUAAAGUUCAAGACAUCAAUUCUGCAACAUUCCGUCUAAUCACUUCUGAAAGGAAUUUUCGGCUCGUUUAAUUACGGGAACUUCGAGCAUCGAGAGUGGAAGUGCCAAUGUAAUGCCACUCGUUGAAUCUGGACAUUUCCUUCGUAUCCUGUGAGGGUACAAUUGCAGCCCCAUCCACACGAUAGAGUUGUGUAUUUCAGAUUUCAAGCGGUUUCGUUUGUGCUCACAUCGAGCGUCCACCGUAUUCUGACAGCAGAGAAUCCCACCGAACCUAACUCGUUAAAACGCCUCGGUUUGGCUCGACGGGCCGAACUCGAAGAGUGACGGAGAACGGGAUUGGGAAGGUCGUGUGAUCGAGAGAUUCGUAAUGGCCUCGACGGUUCGAAAGAAGCACCUCGCCGAAUCCUUGCGGAGGUAGGGACGGAGGAAUCGAAGCCCAAAGAGGCCCGGACUUCUGGAGUCUUCUUCAUAGAUAAAUACGAGCAACAUUUCGCACCACCGCAAUGCAUGCAGCUCUUAUCAAAAGACAUGUCUACCACAAAGUCACCUAGAAACUCUACGAGCAUGGACAACUUUUCAAAAUGUACACAAGUUCGUUUCGUACGCUUUGAAGCGAUUGUACUACCUCCUUGACUGCAGCUUCCAUUCGAGGGUCAAAUCGUGCGAGUCCAUUCACGCCAACUCAAAUCGAAGUUUUUUCUCAUGAUGUCUUCAUGGUCAUGUCCCAGUCUUAAAACCUGGCGUCUCGGAGUGCAGCCGAGGUGAUCUACCUGCAGCCAUCAGUGACGCCAGCCCCGAGCUCUUCAUCACCCAUCAACUCCUUCUCUGCGCUUCUCGGUCUAACACGGAUAGCACUGCCUGCUCUUUUACGACUCGAUCUGCAAAGUCUUGGGGACCUGUCACGGAAGCACAUCGACCUAGAGGCUCGCGUUAGGGACUUUCACCGCAUUGAAUGCUGAGAUCUGGAAAGGCCAUUGAACGCAAAUAGCUUGAUAAGUUCUCAACCGCUACUAAAAACAUACUCGCAACAUCGAAGACCGCAGUGGGGAUCGAAAUCUUACAGAUUGAGAAUGUAUUUCUGAAGCUUACUGACUAUAAAAAAUGUUCUCUGUAAACUGGAUUGGAGAGAACGCAAUUGCAUAUUACGGGAGUUUUAGUGGAGCAUUUUGAUGAAUUCGGUCGCUAUUUGCAACUAUUUUUGAACAACCAGAUCUCGUCUGCACAUGUUUACCAGACCCACAAGGUUGUAUUCCAAGACACACACUUAACAUGAAUUUAUCAAGUGCUCAGAUCCCA